AAACGUUCCAUGCCAGCGCCGGUAACAGAAUGACGCCGCGUCACGGAAAAACCUGAGCGGCGCGCAAACAUCUGCCUUGAAUUUCCCGCUCGUCGGUGCGUCACUGCUGACGUCGCAGCCGAAGCACGCAGCGCAAUCCAAUCCAAGUGACCAGAGCCAUUGCUGCGAGAGUAAUGAAAUCGCAAGCCAGCCCCCACAAGCGACGCGAGGCCAGCGAGGCAAGCCAGCGAAGAGGCGAGUGGAAGCGAACGCAGGGCAGGCCGGGCGGGCGUGUUUUGUGAGAGGGUGUGAUCGAAAAGGGAAGCCAAGCGACUCUAGCGACCGAAGCAGCGUCGGCGUUAUCGCGGCGUUGUCCUCUGUGCGUCUUCCUUCGGCGGCUUCGUCGGGUGUCUUCCCCCGCCGACGUGCUCGGAGAUCCGGCGAGCGCUGGCUACUUUGCUGCGUUCGUCGCUCAUUCCACACUGCUGAGAUGAGCGAUUCGCAGCCGUUGGCCGCCUGCAUUGAAGAAUGGGACCAGCUCGAGAAGGAAUACUGCGACUUAGAGAAGUUGUACCGUCGGUACACUGUGCUGACCGGGGAGCUGCAGCGGUCCCAGGAAGAGUGCCUCAAGGCUCUGAAGCACCACCGCUACCGGUCAUCGCAGAUCCUCGAGUCACUGAACAAGAUUCAGCCAGCCAGUGAUGAGGAGAAGGCGCAGAAGAUGCAGCUGCUGCAAAAGCUGGAAGCCAAGCGGUUGCACUUAGAGGACAUGGGACAGGACCUACCACAUCCCAAUGGUCAAAAUGACUUCGAGAGCAUUUACCUGCAGAUUGUGCUUGGAAGUGUCAACCUUUUCCUCAGGGAUGCAGACAAGUAUCGGUACAAGGACGAGUAUGAGAGGUUCAAGCUGAAAGUCACCAUGUGCAUUCUGGUCGUGUCCAUUUUGUGCAUAACAAUGAACUACAGGGCCAAUGACGCUAUCCUGCACUUUCUUCUGGUCUGGUAUUACUGCACACUGACAAUACGGGAAAGCAUUCUGGCAGUGAAUGGCUCAAAGAUAAAAGGAUGGUGGAGGCUACAUCACUUCAUAACAACUGCGCAAGCUGGGAUCAUUAUUGUCUGGCCAGAUGGCAUCAUAUAUGGAAUGUUCCGGAGGCAGUUCACAUGGUACGUCUGUUUCAUAAGCAUAAUCCAAUUCUGGCAGUUCUACUACCAACAAGGAUGCCUGUACAGACUUCGAGCGCUGGGUGAAAGCCAUAAUAUGGACAUCACAAUCAAUGGAUUUCGGUCUUGGAUGUGGCGUGGACUCUCCUUCCUGCUUCCAUUCCUGUAUUUUGCCUAUAUGUUCCAGCUCUACAAUGCAUAUACAUUGUAUCAUCUCAGCCUUCGUCCUGAGUGUACAGAAUGGCAGGUUUUUGUGUCGGCACUAAUCUUCUUCAUCCUCUUCAUGGGCAACAUCUCAACCACCUCGCUGGUCAUCUUCCACAAGAUCAGUGGCCGUGCAAUCAUCCGCAGGAUACAGAAGAAAAAGAGCCACAACCACGUGGAGUAAGACCAAGUUCAUCCAAGCCAUGUUGUUUGCCACAAAUGUCACUCGUCUGUGUUGACCUCUCAGGACAGUGGCUGUUGGCACAUACUGACAUUGUGUCUGUGCACAUGGGCAGCAAGAGAAAUGUAACCGGCCUAGUCAGACUGCCCUGGACGAAGGCAGCCCUAGGACUUGUACUUUACUGUGUACUUGCAUUUGUUCUCGUCUCUGGGAGGACAGUGCAUAACAUGUCACGUAGUGCUCUUACAAAUUAUUUUAGUUUUUUUUUUCUUUCCUUGUAACUCUUGGUCUGUGGCAUGAUCUCCAUUUGGACAUAUGUUUUGUGAGUGUGUGUUGUGUGCCUGGGAAGCCAUUUUGGGAUCACUUGUCCAUUUGUUAUUGUUCACUUCACUUAUAACUCUCUCUUUCGGAAGUGGUUGCUAUUGGUUGAAUGCAGAAUCCUGUGUACUUGUGGUGCCCCUGACCAUUACAAGCAAAGUUAUUUCCUCUUUGACAUUUGUGAAUGUUUCUCAUUAGCUGUGUUGAAUCACACAAAUUGAGAGAAAAUGCGCUGUGCUCAAUCCUGGUGUGUGGUACAAAAAGGCAAUAUACUUUUGCAUCAGUGUG